AAUCUAAAAGAAAGAAAAAAGGGCGAUUGGAUGUUCAAAACAUCAUUUAACCUUAAAUCCAUUAAAAAUAAAGCUGAAAUGUUCCGCAAUGUCGUGAAUCGCCUCAAGAAAUUUUCAACAUUGGCCUUUUCCGACAAAUAUCUGCUGCUAACCAAUGUUGGAAUUUCCAUUUCCUUAAGUGGCGUUGGAGACAUGAUAGAACAACAAUACGAAAUAAUGCAACGCGAAAUCGACAAGUGGGAUAAACGAAGAACGAUGAAUAUGUCGAUUUCGGGCAUGACAGUUGGCGUCUUUUGUCAUCAUUGGUAUUUAUUUUUGGACAAACAUGUGCCGGGCAGGAGCUUUAAAUUAGUGACGAAGAAGGUUUUGUUGGAUCAAAUUUGCGCGAGUCCCAUUGUGAUACUUUUAUUUUUCGCUACGCUGGGCGUACUGAAGAAAUCGACAAAGGACGAGGUGCUGAUGGAGGUGAAAGAUAAGGCGAUGACACUUUAUAUGGCGGAAUGGAUUGUUUGGCCAACAGCACAAGUCGUUAAUUUUACGAUUUUACCCACAAAAUAUCGAGUCCUUUAUGACAACACAAUUUCCUUAGGUUACGACAUUUACACGUCAGGUGUGAUAAACGCUCCCUGCAAAGACGAGACAAUUCACAUGCCACGACCUCCAUCGAUCGUCACUCGGGUCAGAUCUUUCCUAAAAUCCGACAAAAAUCAAGUACAAAUUAACAACUCAGGAUCUUCACAUAUCGCACAUUGCUCGAAUAUCGCCUCAGAAACGAGCUCAAGGUGAAAAAAUCCUGAAAACGUAGCUUAGAUAGACAAAUGUUACCAAUUUUAACUGAAAUGCUAAGUAAUUAAAAAU